GCUCCCCUCAGCUCAACUCCACCUGCCCAUUGUUGAGGAACACCGCAGUCACUCUCUAACACAAAUGUAUAACGCAGCUCCAGUAGACGCCCGUCUUACUAUGAGGACGUGUGGGAGGCGAUAAAGCGUGUUGUCCUGUGCGAGUUAUUUUGGACGAUUGAUCGGAGACUUUUGACGGAUCAAAUCAAUCGGUAUUUGAGGCGCGCGCUCGUCGCGAGAAGGCUGAAGAAUGUCGCGCGACCCCGAGGAGGUGAAUAAACUGACUGAGAGCACUUACAAGAAUGUUAUGGAACAGUUCAACCCAGGGCUACGUAACCUCAUAAACCUGGGAAAGAGCUACGAGAAAGCCGUUUCAGCCAUGGCCCUGGCUGGGAAGCAGUACUUUGAUGCUGUAUCUAAGAUCGGAGAGAACGCAGCCGUAUCUCCCGUGUCCAGAGAACUGGGGGUUGUUCUUAUGGAGAUCUCAGACGUCCAACGGAAAGUCAAUCUGGAACUGGAGGAGAAUUUUAAACGUUUCCAUCGGGAGGUUAUUGUGGAGUUAGAGAGGAAAACAGAAAUGGACGUGAAAUACAUGACGGCCACGUUUAAGAGAUACCAGACCGAACAUAAGAUGAAGCAGGACUCGUUGGAGAAAUCGCAGUUAGACCUGAAGAAAUUCAGGAGGAAGAGUCAAGGAAAGAAUGCUUCUAAGUAUGAGAGUAAAGAGAACGAGUGUCUAGAAACACUCACUACUCGUCAGAUGGAAAUGCAGAAGUUCAUCGCUGAUGGCUGCCAUGAAGCUCUGUUGGAGGAGAAGAGGAGAUUCUGCUUCCUGGUGGACAAGCAUUGCAUCUUCUCCUACCAGAUUUCUGCUUUCCAUGAGAAGGCUCGAGAGCUGUUGACGGAGAACCUGACCAUUUGGCAGGACAAAUGCACUGAUGCUACCAACGUCCCGGAGAGCGUGAUGUCCAUGAUAGAAGGUCUGCGCACGCCAGUGUCCAUUACUCCACAGGCGUCUCCAGCCCCCCAGCACCAGAGCAGGACCAACUCGGAAGCAAUGAUUCCACCUCCAGAACCUCCCCUGACGAGUCCACUGGCCAACAUGUUCAAUCAAAACCAUUCCAGGCAGGAAAAGGAGUCAGACUACACCAAUGAGGACAGUGGAUUGUCCAGAUCUGUGUCUAUGGCCGCUGGCCUCAAUCUCACAGACAAAAGACCCAAAGUACGCACCAUUUUCCCCCACAAGUCUGGAAACAACAGCACACUGCUGAGCUUCGAAGAGGGAGACAUCAUCAUACUGCUGAUUCCUGAUGAGAGGGAUGGCUGGCUGUACGGAGAACUGCAGAAAACCAGACAGCGGGGCUGGUUUCCAUCAUCUUACUGUCGUGCAUACACAGAGCCAGCGGUAAAUAACAGUAUCGCUGGAAACCCUCCGAUGCGCAGUAAGAGUGUGGCCAACCUCAUGCAGCAAGACAAAGAGGACAACAUGAUGGUUCUGCCUCCAGCUGACUACAGCGACUCCCCCAUCAGGAGAAACUCCACCAAGAGCCUGUCACACACGUACACCUCCUCCUCAUAUGAAAACUCGGUGCCUCAGUCAAACGGAUUGCCAAAGCACCCUCUCUUUGGGGGAGGGAAUCCAUUUGCUACAGUGAAACUUCGUCCCACAGUCACCAAUGACCGAUCAGCCCCCAUCAUUUGAUCAACACCACAACCGGCCUUCAUGCACUCACAGUGCAGACUACAGUGAACUUGAAUGCUUUAAACACAUGCACUUCCACAGGGCUCGCUUGAUUUGGACAGAGACCCUCAUCUGAGUAUGCUGUGUUUCACAAUAACACAUGUAUGCACACCGGCACCACAUACUGUUCACCACUUUAUUGUCAAUCCCAUUUAAACCUCUGUCUCACUAUAUAGAGUAUAUUAUGAAUGUGUGUUUAUAUAGAGAGAUAGAGUGGGACUCAAUGUAUAGCAAUUUGGUCGUAAAGAUCACUAAGGUAGGUAGUCAUAUGUUUGGCUUCCAUUUAUUGGGAGUAUCAUUCUGUAAAAAAAGAGAAGGUGGAUGUGAUGUUAACUUUUUUUUUUUUUUUUUUUUUUUUAAUCAUUGUUAAGAAGUUUUUAUUCUCGAGUUGGUCAAAGAACAUUUGACAUGUACAAAACUAGAUGGGACUAUGCGCUAGCAGAAGAGUCCUUAUGAUAGUGAACUGUAAUACUGAUAUGAGUUAUGAAAAAUGAUAGUUUAUGGUGAGUGCUGUCUGAACAUUGACAACAGCACUCUUCCUUAAAAUGUUUGUUCUGCAUUAUCACUGUAACUGGAAUGAGCUGAAACUUAUGAAGACAUUUAAAGGAAUAUUCAGGGUUCAAAACAAGUUAAGUUCAAUCGACAGUAUUUGUGGCAUAAUGUUAAUUACCACAGCAAAUAUUGUCCCUCAUUUAUUUUAAAAACAAGCAAAAAUCAUUAUUACAGUAAGGCAGUUACAAUGGAAGUGAAUGGGGCCAGUCCAUAAAUGCUAAAAUCCACACUGUUUCAGUAGAAUAGCACAAGAUGUAAAUAUUUUCAUUUUAACAUGUAUAAAGUUUAUGUCUUGUGGCUAUACUUGUGAUGUAAUGGUCAUUUGAAUAUUUAUGGACUGGCCCAUUCACUUUAAGUGCCUCACUGGAACUGCAUUUUUUGCUUCUUUUUUUAAAAUAAACAACGGACAAGUAAAAUAUAUUUUUGUGGUAAUCUAUGGAAAUAGAACAAUUACUAAAAUAUUUUAAUUUUGUUCAUUUGAAUUCUAGACGUGACAUUUAUCAAAUUGGAAGAUUUUUGUGCCGUAUUUUAUAAAUUUGUAUUUCUAAAAAGCAGAUUUUUGGUUUUGAAUUUUUUUUCCAAGGGUGGCAUUAGCUGUAAAUAUUCAGAGUAUAAAAUUACAGGUCAAAAUUUUCAGAUUAAGAAGAAAUUCAGAACUUUAUAUACAAAGAUCUUUCAAGUUCAGUUCUCAGAAAUUCUAGACGAAAGGUCAAGCUUCUGUGUGCAACAGGGAAAAUUAGUUCGACUAUUCUGAUAACCUCUAUUUUUUCUGAGGAACACUGAAGCUUGACCUUUUGUCUAAUAUCUUUAUAAUUUCUGAGUUCUAAAAUUCUUUUGACUCUGAAAAUUUGAACCUGUCAUUUUUUUUUUUAUUUGAAUAUUUACAGCUAAUUCCACCUCUAAAAAAAAAAUGUAAAACAAAAAAAUCUGCUGUUUAAAAAUUCAAACUUACAGAAUACGCCACAGAAAUAUUCAGCCUUGUUAAAUGUCACGUCAAGAAUUCAAAUGAACAAAAUUCAAAUGUAGUCAUUAUUCAAGCUCCAUAGUAAUCAACAUUAUGUCAGAAAUGCUGUCGAUUGAGCUUAACGUUUUUUUGAGGCGUCAUGAUCCAAAUGAUCUUUAUAGAUAGGAAACAAGACAGAAAAGCACAGACAUGUUUAUGUAACAAUGUUUACCAGAGUUAGCUGGCCAACUCGGUCAGCUGGCCCUGAGGAAUAGAAUCAAGCUCCAAUUCCACAAUCGACAGAGUUUCGACCCUACGACAAUAUGUGUAGGUAAUGCCAUAAACUACAAAAGCACUCUUAGCUAAAUGAGUCUUUUAAUAGUAAUCUCAUUCUUUUAGAAAUAGAGAACUUUGCUUUUAUCAGUCUCAACACUAAAUAAUGAUCCAAUGUUGGUCAGUGGAUAGUGUUUUAUUUAACGCUUGGGGGAUUCAUUUGCCUUUGAUUGUAGCUGUGCACAUUUCUGUUGCUGUUGGCCUGAGAUUUUUAGACCAUUGCUGUAUAAAAAUAAAAAAUAUUUUAUUUCUGAAUGCA